ACAGUACGCUGAUAAGUUAACUCGAAAUCUUUGUGAACAUUACAAUUGGAUAAUAGAGAAAAGUUUGUGGAAUAAAGAAAUGGAGUUUUACUGAUAUAUAUUUUUUGCUGUUAAAAAAACAAGACAAGAAAAAUGGGAAUAGAAAAUAAGCAAUUUCAUUGCACUUGUAACGCGCUUAAACAUUUUCAGUUUCAAUUUUCAAUUUAUUGGCAAUCAGCAAUAUUUUUGAAUUUGGCCAUUUACAAACUCACAGAAAAGUUAUGACAAAGACUAUACACAUAAAUAAGAUUGAAAAUAAUGAAGUACAGUAUACGAUGACGAGACAAGUAAACUUUAACAAGGUGUUCGGUUUUAUAUGAAUAUAUAGUCAUGAACAGUUCAUGUGGACAACCAGUUACUGUUCGAUUUAUUGAUUUACAUCGCGACUGUGUUGAUUUUGCUGUGAAUAUAUUUGAAUAUGUGUUCCCGACCCUGGCGAUAGCAGUUACUACGAUAAAUAUUCUCAUUAUUAUAGUAUUUACAAAACCACAUAUGAGAUCUCAUACAACGUUUAUUUUAACACUCAUAGCGUGUGUUGAGAUCAUUAAUAUCUUAUGUCCAACAAGUAUGUUCUCAUUUUUAUAUUUGCGAGGGAAUUAUAAAGAAUAUCUAACAAGUGAACAAAUUCAAUGGUCUUACAUACUUGGAAAAAUAUGUGUGGAUAUGUUUAAUAUGAUAUCAUUGUGGCUGACAGUUUUGCUGGCAUUUGUACGAUGUAAGUGCAUAAAUUCACAAUUUAUUUCAAGAAAAGUACAUUCCACUAAGCAAAUUGUAAUUUAUGUGACACUUAUUCUAGUAAUUGUAAUAGUAGUCAAUGCUCCAGCGUUUUAUAUCUUUGAAUUCUAUUCAAUUGAAAAAGUGGACCCGAUAACAAAUUUGACGAGAGAGAUAGGAGUUCUGGUGGAAUCUCAAGGCAUUUAUUUCCGGUCAUGUUCUGGAAGGAAAAUUCACUUAUUUAUAGAAAUGAUAACUGACUCAAUCUUACCAUGUAUUAUACUAAUUUGCUGUAAUGCUAAAAUCAUCAUGGCAUUACGAAAAGCUAAAACAACUCGUACAAUUCUACGGCAUAAAGAAUCAUUCAAAAACCCAAGUGGUGAGAAACAAACAUGUAAGACUAUGAAAAGUACGUCCAGCGAAUUAAUAAAUUGCUCAGCCACUGGAUCGAAAGAAAACACCUUUUCUGACAAUACAAAAUAUAUGGCAAGCGUUUCAGUUGGCAAUGACAGUAAAGAUGUAAUACAAAAUGGUACGGGGAAGAACGGUUUAAUGGAACAUAAAGUACUUUUAAGAAAUGUUAAAUUGCAUAAUUUCUGUACUUUCCAAACAAGACAUUUACGUGCACGUAUGUAUAGUGAUUCAACCCUAGAUAAACUGGAUAAAGAGAGUGAACGGACGUCUCUACUGAUACUACUAGUUUCAACUAUUAUUUUACUACACGAGUUGCCUCUUGCUGUAUUAAAUAUUGUUACUUUAGCGCGUUCCAUAGACAAGCCUUUGCCAAUGUCACGUGGUUGUUUAUCAAUCAUCAUCUUAUUAUGGCAGUUUAUCACAUACCCGGCUAUUUUUCUGAUUUACGCAUGCAUGUGCAAAGCAUUCCGUAGAGAGCUUAUUAAAACAUUGACUUGUUGGUGUAAGAGGCAUAAUUCUAAACGGCAGAUCAGGCGGAAACCUGCAUCAUGUCCAGCCUCUAUUAAAACAAAACAAGUGGAAAAUGGCGGGACAAAUGUGAAAUGUCAUUUCAGGAGAAAUUCCUUGUGAUUUACGUCGUAUGAAUAGAAUUUACUUCUUCUGAAAGUGUAUAAGGCAUUUUAUCUAAUGGAUAGAGCAAAGGGAAGUUGGACCUUAGCCUUUUUCUACAGAAGUCGCUGUCGCUUUUAUGAAAGAAAGGAAACUUUGAAUUUUAACAAAGACAUUGCAUAUCAGUAUUUCUUUGAUUACAGAAUUGUACAUGAUAAAAACUUGUUGUGCUAUAUUAGCAUUACUACACAAAUUACUACAUACAUUUAAUUACACACGUUUUUGUGUGUGCAGAGCGUGAAUGGAGAUAUUUUUUCUAAUAAUGUCUUUAUAAUUAUGUCAAUUAUCAGAUGUAAACUAUUCUGAAAUAAAUGAAAAUAUCUUUGAUUAUUUUAGGAUGGUAUAUUUCUAAAGUCUUCUUUAGAAUUUUAUUGUGAAAAAAGAACUUUGUUCUGUCUUUUGAUAACAUGUGAAUCCGCUAUUUUGUCAUUUGAAAUGCCGAACAUUUUAUCGAAUUUAAGAGCCUUUACUGCAGCCUGCAAAGGUGUAAAUUAAUAUGUGGAUAACGAACCCCAAUAUAUUGGUAAAUACCGCAUGUUUCGGAUAUAUUAUGUAAACCCGAAACCACUCUCCCCGUCCUUAAUACUUAGA